AACAGAGUAAAGUAUAAUAAUAACUUUAUAAAUUUGGAUCUAGCUAUACUAAAGUAAGUAAUUAACACAAUGGGAAGAUCCCCAUGCUGUGAUGAAAAUGGCCUUAAGAAAGGACCUUGGACUCCUGAAGAAGAUCAAAAGCUAGUUCAUCACAUUCACAAACAUGGCCAUGGAAGUUGGAGAGCCCUUCCUAAGCUAGCUGGUCUAAAUAGAUGUGGAAAGAGUUGUAGGUUAAGGUGGACAAAUUAUCUAAGGCCUGACAUUAAGAGAGGAAAAUUUUCUCAAGAAGAAGAGCAAACAAUUCUGCAUCUUCAUUCCAUCCUUGGAAACAAAUGGUCAGCAAUUGCUACACAUCUACCAGGAAGAACGGACAACGAAAUCAAAAAUUUUUGGAACACUCAUUUGAAGAAAAAACUAAUUCAAAUGGGUUUUGAUCCAAUGACUCACCAACCAAGAACAGAUAUUAUUUCAACCUUACCAUAUCUACUAGCUUUAGCAAACAUGACAGAAAUGAUGGAACAUCAUCAAUCAUGGGAUGAUCAACAAGCUUCAAUGAGUUUAUUACAAGCAGAGACAGUUCAUCUAGCAAAACUUCAAUGCCUUCAAUAUUUACUCCAACAAUCUUCAAACCCCUUAAACAUUAUAAACAGUAAUAAUAACUCUUAUGACCAAAAUACCCUCAUCACAAACAUGGACCAACAACAACAAUCUUUAAGUUUGUUAAACACAAUUUCUAAUGUGAAACAGAACCAAAUUAUUGAUAAUGCUGCAACCUCAUUUUCUGAUAUGAAUAUUGAUAAUGAUAACUCUCAACCACUCCACCACCAAAAUAUUCUACUACCUCAUUUUUUAGACCAAGUCUCUUUCAAUUCACAAUCAUGUUUGAAUAAUAAUGAGCAGGGUCAAGGUACUAUUAUCACUACAAAUAAUAAUAACUUUGCAACAGUUGAUGAUGAAACAUUAUGGAUUAAUAUAAAUAUUCCAUCUUCUUCUUCUUCUGCUCCAAUAUCUAUUAUUCCUCCAAAUGCUAAUAAUCCAGGAGAUGCAAGUAGCAGCACUUCCACUACUAGCUAUGGAGUUGGAGGACCUUGUUCUUAUUGGUCUGAACUUUUUUUUGAGGACCCCAUUAUGCAUGAUUUAUCUUGAUAUAUAUAUAUAUAUGUUUAAUUUGUUUUGAUGUUGAAUUAUGGUGUGUGUGACUGUUUGUUAUGCCUCUGUCACCUUAUUUGUUUGUUUCUUUAAAUUUAAUUAAAGCAUAUAGAUAUAGGUCCUGUUAUAGAUACAUAUAUAAGUAUUCCUUAUAUUACUAGUACAUGUUUUGUACAUAACUUAAGUGACAGUUUCAUAUGUACUAUCACUUUCGCAACAGUUAUUGCAUAUAUAAUAUAUAAAUGUUCUUUGUUCAAACAAA